CAAACUCCCUGUCACAGAUGAUUUUUUUUACCUUCUUAUAAUUAUAAAUCAGACUUUAGUAAAGAUACCUAAGGGUCAUUAGUCUUACUGUAAUAAGUCCCCAAGGGUCCUGUAAGAUAAGUUAUUGUGUUUAAAUAUUAACGUCAGUUAGCUUAGCUCAAGGUAGCUAACGUUAGCUUACCUUAACAUUAGCUCGCCUAGCUAACUACCCUAGCCGCUAACUGUGAUUAACUACUUAUUUUUCGAUAUAGACUGCUAAUAAGCUGAACGUGUACGUGCGUUUGAGAUCAACAUUUUGUGUUAUUAUAUAGCCAAAUAACAGAUUGUUGAGUUAUUAGCUUAAUUUGACUGCUCAUAUCUAGAGUUGAGUGGUUAUGGCAGCUGUGGAGAGUCUGAGAGGAGCAGGAGGGAUAGUUUUUGUUCCUCCGGGCAUAAAUGGAGAUGAAGAAGAGGAGGAAGACUCACCUGCAGUUUUACUGAGUGUUGUGGCCCAGCAUGGACAGGUGGGCCUCUGCUUCUAUGACAGUAAGGACUCCUCUUUACACUAUAUGAAAGAUACUCCUGACAACUUCGAGCUCCAUCUGCUGGCCAGAGUUAUCCAGGAGGUUAGUCCCCAUGUAAUAAUUACCAGUGCAAAACAGGAGCGCAGCAUGACACGCUUCCUGCAACAACUUGGUUCAAACCCAGACUACAAACCAGAGGUGGUUACUUAUCCAUAUGUUGACUUUGGUCUUGAGGUUGGUAAGCAGAGGCUACUUUCAGCCCAUCUGCCUUUCCUUCCCACCUCCCUUUCAGAGAGAGACAAAAUGUCCUACCUCUCUUCCUGUAUCUCCUUUGACUCGCCCCUGAUGCUGAGGGCAGUGGGCGCUCUGCUGAAAUGUCUGGACAGGAGGAGAGUGGGAGUGGAGCUGGAAGACAGCAGUGUUGGAGUUCCUAUCCUGCAGUUCCACGCCUACACACUUAAAGGUGUUGUUUACGUUGACCAAGACACCUACAGUGUGCUGCAGAUCUUCAAAUCCGAACUUCACCCAUCAGUGUACAAGCUGCACUCAGGUGAAAAGGAAGGACUUAGUCUUUAUGGGAUACUGAACCGCUGCAGGUGCAAGUUUGGCUCCAAACUGCUACGCCAGUGGUUCCAGCGGCCAACACAGGACCUGGCCGUGUUACAGAGGAGACAGGAAGUGAUUCAUUUCUUCACGUCGCCUCGGAACUCCGACGUCCUGAACACCCUGCAGUCCUCGCUACGCAACAUCAGCAACAUACCAACUCUUCUGCGCAGGAUGUCUCUCUCUCACACCAAAGUGACCGACUGGCAGAGUCUCUACAAGACAGUGUACAAUGCAGUCUGUAUCAGGGACACGGUGCGACACCUGCCUCAGUCCAUUCAUCUCUUUCGAGACAUCAGCGAGGGGUUGUCUGAUGACCUCCACCACAUCGCCUCCCUCAUCACCCGAGUCGUGGAUUUUGAAAGCAGCAUGGCCGAGAACCGCUUCACCAUCAAACCCAAUGUGGAUCCAGCAAUCGAUGAGAAGAAGAGGAGGAUGAUGGGGUUGUCCGACUUCCUGACAGACGUAGCGAGGAGAGAGCUGGAGCACCUGGACGCUCGCAUUCCCUCCUGCUGCGUCAUCUACAUCCCUCUGAUUGGAUUCCUGCUCUCCGUCCCUCGCCUGCCCAGCAUGGUGGAGAAAGAGGAUUUUGUAAUCGAGGGGCUUGAUUUCAUGUUUCUGUCAGAGGACCGUCUGCACUACCGCAGCCAGAGAACCAAGGAGCUGGACGACCUCCUGGGAGACUUACACUGUGACAUUAGAGACAUGGAGAUGGCAGUAAUGACAGAGCUUCAGAGCACAAUCCUGGAGCGGAGCGCCUCCCUUUACAAGGUUCUGGAUCUCACUGCUGAGCUGGACUGUCUGAUGGCGAUGAGCAGCGCCUCCCAAGAGUACGGCUACACCUCGCCAAAACUAGUUGGCCACAGGAAGAUCACAGUCACACAGGGCAGACACCCGCUGUUGGAGCUUUGCUCUCCAGUGUUUGUGGCCAACUCCUUCCAGAGCUCAGAGUCUCAGGGCAGAGUCAAAGUCAUCACUGGACCCAACUCAUCUGGCAAGAGCAUCUACCUCAAACAGGUGGGUCUGAUCGUGUUCAUGGCUCUGAUUGGCUCAAACGUGCCGGCGAAGGAGGCAGAGAUCGGUCUGGUGGACGGGAUCUUUACCCGCAUGCAGAGCAGAGAGUCUGUGUCUGUCGGCCUCAGCACCUUCAUGAUAGACCUCAAUCAGAUGGCCCAGGCUCUCAACAGCAGUACUGGCAACUCAUUAGUUCUCAUCGAUGAAUUUGGAAAGGGAACUAACACAGUGGAUGGACUGUCCCUGCUGGCUGCUUCCAUCUCUCAUUGGCUGAGAAAACCUCCAGUGGAUGUUCCUCAUGUGUUGCUGGCCACUAACUUUCACAGCUUGCUGCAGCUGGGUCUGCUUCCCUCCUCUGGCCUGCUGUCUCUGCUGACCCUAGAGACAGCAGUGGACGGGGAUGAGUUGGUGUUUCUGUACCAACUGAAGGAAGGAAUCUGCCAGUCCAGCUAUGCUGCCAACAUCGCUACACUGGCAGGCCUGCCAAACAGCCUUGUGCAGAGAGGAGUGGAGGUGUCUGAGCUGUACAGAACAGGACGGCUCAUCAAACGCAUUGACAAAGCUUCAUCUGAUGAGCAGGCAAACAGGUGCAGGUCUGUAGUGGACUCGUUCCUCAGACUCGACCUGGAGGACCAGGAUUUGGACCUUCAGCACUUCAUGAAAGAGGAGCUCCUGCCCUCUGCUGGGGAGCUGCUGAACCACAGCUGAACAGUUCAAACGUGUUUCUGCAGCUCUGUGUUCACUUUGUUGGUUCAGUAUCUAAUGUUUUCAGCUGGUUUUGGGGAGAGGACGUCUAAAUACAUGACAAGAAUUAUAUAAUAGCAUGACAGGAACAUUUAUUACAUCCAUAUGUGGCUGACGUUUUGUUUGAUAGCUGAAGUGUGAGUUGAAACACCAUGUUAGAUAAGUUACAAACAGGUUUGCUCUUCUAGUCUUUCUAAACGUUUAAGCUAUAAUUAUCUCGGUAAUUUCCAGUUCAGGAAACAAACAUUCUGCAAAGCUGAUGAUUUUUCUUUCUUCACCAUAUGGUCGAAGUCCUUUCAGCAUCACUUCACAGUCUUUUUUCUUUCUGUUUUGACAACAUAAAUAAAUGCAUCGUGUUUAUUGUGAUCCCGAUGAGGCUUAACUGAGGUGCCAGGCCGUUAGAACAACCAUAGCGAGAUGCAAAAUUGUUGCUAUUUGAUGUUUGUGUGCUGAGUUGCAGAAGGGAGUGUCGCAGCAGUGUUUGGUCAUGACAAAGAUGGUGUUGUUAGGGAAGAGCUCCACCGUGGUCUCCAUGUUGCACUCGUCUGCCUUCGCACAACCCAAAGUCUUAAUGUCCAGAGUGUCAGCUAUGGAGACAAGAAGAUGGUGUUCAGUGUGAUAUCUAGAGGGAAAUUAAAGGCACAAUGUGUAAGAUUUGUCCACUGCAGUUAUCCCUUCCCUUCCUUGGCCCAAACACACCCAAAGCAGUGUUUUUGCAUUUUUUUUGACAGUGUGUCCGCCCAUUUUGAAGCUUCCUCUUGGAUGCAUGAUUAGGAUCCUGCACCUGGUAAUCUCUAUAUACAUUCAUCCAUCCAUUAUCCUGAACCGAUUAUCUGAACUGGAGCCGAUCCCAGCUGACAUUGGGCGAGAGGCAGGGUACAUCCUGGAACAAGUUAACUCAGAU